AGAGAUGAGCAGUUAGCUCAGAUAGAAAUUGCUGUGCUAGGAGUGUUAUUUAUGGCAGCCUCUACGGGCAAUUUCAUUCUCAUACUGGUGCUAUGGAAGAGAAGAAUGAAGCUGUCUAGGAUGUACAUGUUCUUGCUUCAUCUUAGUAUUGCAGACUUGACAGUUGCAUUUUUUCUAGUUCUUCCUCAGCUUUUUUGGAAAAUUACAGAUGUUUUCAUGGGUCCAGAUAUCUUGUGCAGAACCAUCAGCUAUCUCCAGUUGCUGAGUAUGUUUGCCUCCACUUAUAUGAUAGUAGUUAUGGCAAUGGACAGACUCCAAGCAGUGUGUUACCCUAUGGUGCCCUUCAAAAAAAAGUGGGCUCUUUGGAAUGCUUCCAUCUGCACCAGCUGGUUUAUUUCUUUGGUCUUCAGCAUUCCCCAAGUAUUUAUUUUUCGGAAGAGAGAAGUAUAUCCAGGUAUCUUUGACUGCCAAGCAGACUUCAUUGAACCUUGGGGCACUAAGCUGUAUGUAACAUGGAUCUCUGUAGCUAUUUUCUUCCUUCCUGCAGCCAUCCUGAUAAUAUGCCAUGUUAGGAUAUGCAGAGCCGUCCAAAUGAAUGUGAGUUUGAAAAACUACAGUGAAUUUCAAGUAACAAACCAGAAACAGGUAUUGCCAUCCCAGGCAAAUAAUGUGAACUGUAUGUCCAACGCUAUGAUCAAGACUAUAAAGAUGACAGUGGUGAUAGUUGUCGCUUAUGUUGUCUGUUGGUCACCUUUCUUCAUUGCACAGCUAUGGACUGCAUGGCACCCCAGUGAUGCCAGAACUGAAGGUCCAGUAAUAGCCAUUCUUAUGCUCCUAGGGAAUCUUAAUAGCUGCGUCAAUCCAUGGAUUUAUAUGUACUUUUGUGGUCAAAUACCACACUGUUCAAAGAAAAAAAUGGACAACGCCACUGCUCAUGAGGAGUCCACCAAUACAGGCAGUGUUAACUUGGGAGAGAAAGAAUCUGAAGACAAUAUUACAUCAGUAUAACUACAAACAACUUCUAUUAUAGCUUAUAGGUUGUGUAGGCACAUUUCAAGAAUUUUUUUCUAGUUUGGUGAAGUGCAUGUGUAAUAGAAAAGGUAAUUUUUAGAGUAUAAUAUGCACAUAUUUUAACGCCUCAAGCAAAUAAACAGAAGAUUAAAAAGGCCACUGAACAACAGAAGGGUCAAACUCUAAAAGGCAAAUUUGGACAUGCAGGUCCAACAUUCAACACUCAAUUUGCACAUUUCAGUACAUGCAUUUCCAAGCCCUUCUCAGUGGUCUGCAGGCUCAGUUAGCAUACCAUAAAAGUCCUGAUGUUUUAGACGUGGUAAGUGCAUAUCUGGAACUAUCCUGUUUUCACAAAUGAAUAAUUUUCAACAUUCAUAUAUUGCUUCAGAAUAUUCAACACAUUUCAUUUCUAAUAAUGUUGCUGCAUAGCAAAGUGCACGUCAGAGGUGUGCUUCAAACCAUGGUAUUCCUCAUUCAUAACUUUUAGCCAGUAUGUUAUAUUUUAGGCUAUGGUGCAUUGCUUCAGACUAUAGUUGAACUUUUUUAUAUGAAAGAAAACUCAGAUACAUUUUGCAUUGAAUCCAGCGGUGUCUUCAGCUCAUGGAAAGAGCCCUUCCUGUAAUGGAAAGAGAUUUUGAUUACAGAAGGACUCCUUCCUCAAAUAAAAGAGCAUAUUUGAAUCUAACCCUGUGGUUUCUAUCCAAUUCAUAGUGUUUUUCCAUGUUUUGACUCAAUAUGUAAGAAUACCUAGAUUUUUAUCCUAAUUUGUUGUUGUUCAGUCGCACUGCUACAUAAAACAAAAAUAAUGAUUUAAUUAUAGUUUCUUCAAGCCAUCCCAUGGAGCUAGAUCAUAUCAAUUUACACAGUCACAAAAAUUGU